CUGGGGCUUUCAGUUCUGAUAAGCAGCGUGGAAAAAAAACAGCGGAAAGAAACAUGGCUUCCUCUGUGAGAAAAGCAGGCCAUGACAUCGAAACGCGAAAUCGGACCGAGGACGUGCUCCUGUCGGAGGGCAUCGACUUCAGCUCUCUGUUGUUAUCGCAGCCCGUUCUGGACGGACUGUCCGCUGCUGGUUUCCAGAAACCUUCGCCGAUACAACUCAAGGCGAUCCCGCUCGGCCGAUGUGGACUCGAUUUAAUCGUACAAGCCAAGUCUGGCACAGGAAAGACAUGCGUGUUCUGCACCAUCGCUCUGGACUCUCUGAUCCUGGAGAACUCUGCCACUCAGGUUCUUGUUUUGGCUCCCACGCGGGAAAUAGCGGUGCAGAUCCACUCAGUGGUCAUGGCCAUCGGCUGUGCCAUGGAGGGCCUGGAGUGCCACGUUUUCAUCGGGGGCAGGCCUGUGAGCCAAGACAAAUCCCACCUGAAGAAGUGUCAUAUAGCUGUGGGGUCACCUGGUCGCAUCAAACAGCUGAUCGAGCUGGGCAUGCUGUCCACUGCCAGCAUCCGACUGUUUGUUCUGGAUGAAGCUGACAAACUGCUGGAGGAGGGGAGCUUCCAGGAGCAAAUCAACUGGAUCUUCUCAGCUCUGCCCGUCAACAAACAGAUGCUGGCACUUUCUGCCACAUACCCAGAAUCCCUGGCUCAACACCUUACCCGCUACAUGAACGAGCCUACUUUUGUUCGACUCAAUCCUAAAGACAUGGGGCUGAAAGGUCUGAAGCAGUUUUACAAGCUGGUGCCUUCCCAUCCUCUUCCUCACAAGAUUUUUGAGGAGAAAGUGCAGCAUUUACUGGAACUGUUCAGUAAAAUUCCAUUCAACCAAGCUUUAGUGUUUUCCAACCUGCACACACGGGCGCAGCACCUGGCAGACAUCGUGUCCUCCAAAGGCUUACCUGCUGUCUGCAUAUCAGGUGGACUCAGUCAGGAUCAGAGACUGGAAGCCAUGUCAAAACUGAAGCAAUACCAGUGCAGAGUGCUCAUCUCCACUGACCUGACGUCCAGAGGAAUCGAUGCUGAGAAAGUAAACCUGGUUAUAAACCUGGACGUGCCGCAGGAUUGGGAAACUUACAUGCACAGGAUCGGACGGGCUGGGCGCUUUGGCACUCAUGGGCUGGCUGUGACCUACUGUUGCCAUGGUGAAGAAGAAAACAAGAUGAUGGCCAUCGCUCAGAAAUGUGGUCUUAGUUUGCAUGCUCUGCCAUUGGUGUUGGAGCCUGGGCUGAUGGAUGAGUCCUGUGACUGGGAUGUCUGUGCAGAUGCUUCCAUCCCAGUGCCCGCAUGCUUGCUGUCAUCCAAAACCGAAAAAAAGAGGACAUCAAAGAGUGCAGUCCCUGCGUCUGAUCAGAGGAAGGAUCAAGCUCGGCAGCAGAAGAGUCAAAUUAAGGCUGACAAGAUCCGUCAAGCACCCAAGAAAGAGCUUUAUGCUGAAGAAAAUGCAGGGAGCGCUGUGCUAACACAGAAACCCAAAGUAGCACCGACUCGAAAGGAGCAGCAGGAUGCUCUCCCCAAGAUCCCUCCUCUGAGUUCAUUCAAGAACUGCAGGUUGAAGUUUAUGACUUUUCAGGAGGCUGAGCGGGACUUUCACACCUUCAUCACCACAGGGUUGGGGAGAUCCGUUGAGGUAAUAAGAGAGUACGGAGGCCGAGACGGUAGCGAUGUGCAGAGGGAGUCUGUCAUGCUCCAUGAAGAUGGAACUCAAAGUUUAUCAAAAUACAGUGAAGAGUUGAAAUCUAGUUAUUGCCCUCAGAGGUCAGCUUCUGUUUCCUCCUGCUCCCAGUCAGACAUGGAGGAUGAACCAGCAGAGUCUAAUCAAGCUGAGGGGAAAGUUGAAUGUAACACGGUCACUAAACCUCUGUUGGAAACUCCACCCCCUGUGCAGAAACCCCCACAGAUGGGCUGCUCAAGUGGGAGAACUUUGCCUCACCCCAAAAGCAGGGAUUCUGCAAGAAGCACCAGCUGGACUGCUCCAACAAAGACUCGCCGGGAAGAAGUGAAGAAAGAGGGGAAAAAGGACAAGAUGAAAGGGAAUCGGAAAAGAGAUGAAGAGGACUGCAUGGCCACGGAGGAUGAGUGCAGCUCUGAGGCAUACUGGGGAGCCUAUUGCAAAGCUUGGAGUGAUUACUAUAACUCUAUGCCUCAUUUUCAGCAGCAGGGCUAUCAGAGCUACUACAAUGUGGCUCACAGCUGGAUGGCAGCUUAUCGCAUGAAUGCAGUUUACAUGGAAGAACUCAUGAAGCACUGAAGCAGCAGUAAUGAUGAGGUUUGUUUGGAACAGAGCUUUUUGUCUGUUCAGCAGGAAUUUUUGUAAAGCUGAAGUUGUUUUCUAUUGACUUUGUCAUGUAUAUAAUAAAACAUCUCAAUUGCA